AUGUUGAAAUCAUCGUCAUCUUCUUUACUGAAACAUGCUGUGACUAGGAGAAGCUUGGCCUCCAUCAACACCGGUGCCGUAGUUUCGAGCACUCCUACUAGUCACCCACUUCGUCGUUUCAUUGUGAGAACAACUUUGGCAAUUUCCCUGUUCUACGCCGGUGGUUUGGCGUUGGCUGAAUACAAUGAUAGUUUUAAUGACAUUUUCGUCGAGAAUAUCCCAUUUGCAGAAACAUUGGUUGACUCGUUUGAGUCCUACCGUGAUGCCACUAUGUUAUCCAGCCCUCUCACUUUAGAGGAGCUAAGAGCAAAGUUUGGUGGCAUGCUUGGUGGUAAAGUCACCUCUAUCCCCAACCAAGGUGUUAAUGCCCAGGACGCUAACAAAGAAGAUUUGAAGGCCUCUAUCCCCACUAAGAUCGAUGCAAGAUCCCCUUUAACAUCCACUAGUACAGCAAGAAAUGAUGCUGCCCUUGUGAACUUAAGUCCUAUAAACGUCGUUACCGGUUCACAUACGCCCACGAAAUUUGCUGAACUAGUUAAGGGAAUUAACGACGCUAUCAGAGCCAUAAAUGAGCAAAAAAUUGAAGUUGCUGAAGAACAGCUGAGCGUUAUAAUCGAAGCUCACCAAGCAUUGACGACAUCCGUUGUUAACUUUAACAAAGAUAUCGAAUCCGUGGUCGAACAAGGAAUCUCUGAAAGAACCGCUCAAUUGGUCAGUGACCUCACAAAUAAGUACGAAACGAGAUUGAAGGAAGAUGAAGCAAACUUGACCAGCAAAUUCACUGAAGAAUUACAGGACUAUAGAAAAGGGUUGGAAGAACGUAGUGCCAAACAGCUUGCAGAAGAUUUGAAGGCUAAUGAACAAACUUUGCUUGCAAAGCACGCAAACGAAGUUGCCCUUCUAUCAAUCACUCAAGUCGAGGAGUUCAAUAAAAUUCUAAAAGAAAAAUUAGACACCGAAAGAGACGGUAGAUUAGCUCAUUUGAAAGAUCUUGAUUCUGGCGUUGGUAGACUACUAGAAUCAGUUGACAAUUUGAACCAUAUCCUGAUGAAGAAGGAGGCUGUGACCCAAUUAACGUUGACCAUAGAAGAAUUAAAGACUAAACUUCAAUCAUCAAACUCCCAUGCACUAAACAUCGAAUCACAAUUGAAAAAGCUAAAAUCAUUAUCUGAUAUUCUUCCCGGUAAACCAAAACCAUGUUGCAAGUCUAAGAACAAAUCACCGGCACUAAUCGAUGUGGCCAUCUCGGAACUAGAUAGUCUGACUUCCAAACAAGAAAUCCUCACAAAUGAACAGCUCUACAACAGAUGGAAUCUUCUUGGUGAUGAUUUUAAGACGGCAUCAUUGUUGCCACCAAACGCUGGUAUUCUAGGUCACACAUUCGCCAAGAUGUUCUCAUUCCUACUUUUCACUAAAGAAGGUUCUUCUCCAAAAAACCAGGACCUCGACAGUGUCUUUGCAAGGGUCAACGAGAACCUAAGGUUAUCCAAGCUCGAUAAAGCCGUCGAAGAAGUUGUCGCUCUCCAGGGGUGGCCAUACGUUCUAUGCCAGGAGUGGAUCAACGACGCUAGAAGAAAGCUAGAAGUUGAGUCCCUAGUGGAUGUUCUAGAUUGCGAGUUGAGAACUCUGUAG